AUGUAACAAAAUGGCGGAUGCAGAAGAUGCAGAGCGUCUUGAAAGAAAAUCAGUCGUAGAUCGAUAUUUUACGCGUAUUUUUAAAACGGAUAUAAUGGGGAAAUUUUGCGAAGAUCAAUGUGUGCUGCAGCAUUCAAACAAGAUAUGUGUGAUUACUGUAGCACCAAGUCACCCUUUACUCCAAUGUAAGCAGAUUGUGAAAGUGAAUUUUCAAGUGAGCACCAAGGUGAAUCGAUUGGAUAACAAAGUUUCUGGGAAAGGGAAGAAAGGUGCCCAGCAUUUACAACCAGAGUCUUUAAUUUGUGAAGUCACAAGCUCAGAUGGCAGCAAGUAUUCACUGUAUAGCUGCAUCAGAGGAAAGCUGGUUGAAGUUAAUGAAAAACUGGUCACAAAUCCACAACUGUUGCUAGAAAAGCCACAAACUGAAGGCUACCUUGCUGUAGUCCUCCCAAAACUCACUGAGAAUAUUCUGAAUGGACUUUUGACAAAAGAACACUAUGAACAACUUUUAGAGGACAGGAAAGCACUAGAUGUCAAAAGCGGGUGAUAUUUACCUCAAGAGUGUCAGGGUUUUUGUAGAGGACCCGAUCGUUUACGAAGACACCCGAACACUUCC